AUGUCUCAAGUGAUCCCUCAGUCUUCCGAUCCCACAAUCCGCUAUCUCUCCACCACGCAAGCUUACGACCUUUGGUCGGCUGUGUAUGACACAGACGGCAAUUUCCUGCAGGCCUUGGACACGAUUGAGAUGAAAAUUCUGAUCCCACGAAUGCUCAGGAUCCUGGAAGACCGAGUUUCCUACCCCCGACCGUGGACAUUGGUGGACUUGGGAUGCGGAACGGGCAGGAACACGGCAGCUUUGCUGGAGGUAGAGGAUGCUGCGUCAGUAGUUGGGCUCGAUCUCAGUCCUGGCAUGCUCGAGGUGGCGAGAGAUCGAUUGCAGAGGUUCCAUGCAAAUGGCAAAUUGGAGCUCAAGGUGUAUGACAUGUUGCAAGAGCCCUCGCCGCCAGAGUGUGCCGUCGGCGCAGAUGCCGUGGUGUCGACACUAGUCAUCGAACAUAUCCCUGCGGACGUCUUCUUUGCCACAGUCGCCAAAAUUCUCAAACCCGGGGGGAUCUUAGUGCUGACCAACAUGCACUCAGACAUGGGCCAAAUCAGUCAAGCUGGGUUUAUUGAUCCGCAAACGGGUGAGAAGAUCCGACCAACCAGCUACUCACACACUUUGGCCGAAGUUGAGGCUGCUGCUUCGGAAAAGGGGUUUGAGGUGCUGGGACAGAUCGAGGAGAGGAGAGUGGACGAGUCAAUGGUUGCAGGCCUGGGACAGCGAUCGGAGAAGUGGGUGGGCGUGACGGUAUGGUUUGGGGGCAUUCUCAGAAAAAGUAGAUGA